AUGUCCAAGGCAGCAGCAGCGGCGGCCCAGAAGCCGGCUCCCACCAUGCCCACCAACAAGGACGACAUUCAAGGCACCUGGGCCUUUCUGGAGUGGGGCGUGGAGCGUAUCAUGUACAGCCUCAGCGAGGGUGUCGAUCUCAAGACAUACAUGUCGCUCUACACCUCCAUCCAUAACUUCUGCACCGCGCAGAAGGCUGUCGGCACGGGCUCUCCUAACACGAGCAACCUGAACUCGAGCCAUCGCGGCGCUCAUCUUCUCGGAGAGGAUCUCUACCACCGAUUGAACGACUACCUGAAGAAGCAUCUGGAUCUGGUGAAGCAAGAGAUGGUUCAGCAUGCCGACGAGGCACUGCUCACAUUCUACAUCAAGGAGUGGAAGCGCUACACUCAGGCUGGCAUGUACAAUAACCAUCUAUUCCGCUACUUGAACCGCCACUGGGUGAAGCGAGAGAUGGACGAGGGAAAGAAGGACGUCUUCGACAUAUACACUCUUCAUCUGGUGCGGUGGAAGGAGGACAUGUUUGGCGAUGCUCAAAACGCUGUCAUGCAAGCCGUGUUGCGUCUUGUGGAGAAGCAGCGGAACGGUGAAACCAUUGAGCAGUCCAAGAUCAAGGAUGUGGUUCAGUCUUUCGUCUCUCUCGGUAUCGAUGAAGCGGACAGCACCAAGACCACUCUUGACGUCUACCGCGAACACUUCGAGAAGCCAUACUUGGAAGCUACUGCUAGGUACUAUACCAACGAAUCGCAGCAAUUCCUUGCGGAGAACUCGGUCGUCGACUACAUGAAGAAGGCCGAGAAGCGUCUGGACGAGGAGCGAGAGCGUGUACCUCUUUAUCUUCUUCCAGAGAUCAUGCAACCACUCAUGAAGACUUGCGAGGGUGUUCUUAUCGCCGCACAUGCCACUGUGCUUCGAGACGAGUUCCAAGUGCUUCUUGACAACGAUCGCGAAGACGACAUGGCUCGCAUGUACAAGCUCCUUGCGCGUAUUCCGGAAGGCCUUGACCCUCUUCGUACCCGUUUCGAGAACCAUGUCCGUCAAGCUGGCCUGCUCGCAGUUGAGAAAGUGGCAGACCAAGGCGAGAGCCUUGAACCAAAGGCAUACAUCGACGCACUUCUGGAGGUGCACACUCAGUACGCAGCGCUGGUCCAGAACGCAUUCAUCGGCGAGUCGGAAUUCGUUCGCUCGCUUGACAACGCAUGUCGCGAGUACGUCAAUCGCAACAAGGUCUGCGCCAAGAACUCGAAUAGGAGCCCUGAGGUCCUAGCCAAGCAUGCGGACAACGUUCUCAAGCGAUCCACCAAAGCAACCGAGGAAGACGACAUGGAGAAGUUGCUCGACCAGAUCAUGACGAUCUUCAAGUACAUUGAGGACAAGGACGUGUUUCAGAAAUUCUACUCACGCCACUUGGCCAAGCGUCUGGUCAACGGCACAUCUGCCAGCGGCGACGCGGAGACAUCCAUGAUCUCCAAGCUGAAGGACGCAUCUGGAUUCGAAUACACCAACAAGCUCCAGCGCAUGUUCCAGGAUAUGCAAACCUCGAAGGAUCUCAACGCUGCCUACGAGGAGUGGUGCGCGCAGAACAUCGACAAGGAGGACCGCAAGGAUCACAUCGACGCCACUUAUCAAAUCCUUGGCACAGGCUCUUGGCCUCUGCAGUCACCACCAACGACUUUCGCACCUCCUACGGCGAUUGUCAAGACAUACGAGCGCUUUGCCAACUUCUACAACAACAAGCAUGGUGGCCGCAAGCUCACUUGGCUGUGGCAUCUGUGCAAGGGAGAGAUCCGUGCAAACUUCAUCAAGAUGAACAAGGUUCCGUACACCUUCCAGGUCUCCACCUACCAGAUUGCCAUUCUUCUCCUCUUCAACGACAACGAGACAGUCACUUACGAGACUAUUGCUGCGGAGACUGCUCUUGCUAAGGAGACCCUUGAUCCAUCCAUCGCAAUCAUGCUCAAGGCGAAGCUGCUGACCGCCAGCCCUGAGAACACCACCGCUCCUGGCACUGUCUACUCCAUCAACCUAGGCUUCAAGAACAAGAAGGUCAAGGUCAACCUCAACAUCGCCAUCAAGUCUGAGACGAAGCAGGAGACCGAGGACACGCACAAGACGAUCGAAGAGGAUAGAAAGAUGCUCAUGCAGUCCGCGAUUGUGCGCAUCAUGAAGUCGCGGAAGCAGAUGAAGCACAGCCAGCUGGUCUCUGAGACCAUUGGCCAGAUCAAGAACCGCUUCUCGCCCAAGGUGGGUGAUAUCAAGAAGUGCAUCGACAUCUUGAUCGAGAAGGAGUACCUUGAGCGCCUGGAGGGCGAUGACUUGGGCUACCUGGCCUAG